GUCAAGUCCGGCGCCAUGUGGACGCCGUACGGCCCGCCGCUAUAUGGGUACGGCUCCUCCCUGAACCCGCCGCCCAGGAAGCGGCCAGACACGCUGCUCAUCCUCGCGGCCAUCUUCUACUGCCUGGCCGUCCUGACAGCGGUGGUGUUCGCUGUCCUCUUCAAGACCAACGUCAUACCAGUAUACAAGACUCCGGAGCCGGUACCCGCGUGGAUGCAGCAGUUUUCCCCGGAGAUGCAGAGGUGGUACCAGUUGGCGCUCCAGGCCGCCGGAGGGGACACAUCAGCAAUACUGCCGCCUGGAUACGUGCAGCAACCAACAGUGCCGCCGCCUGUAGAGGAGUUUUGCGGAAACACGUCACUUCCCGACUUGCGUCACGGCCAGUUUAACUGCACCAGCAUCGCCUACUACAACAUCCACGUGCGCAUGUGCAUCGCCAAGUGUGACGUGGGCUACCUGACCGAUGACGCGGGCCUGCUGUUCUGCAACCGCGGCAGAUGGGCGCCGAUCGCGCCAGAAGUCGUGUCGACACUCGUCGGCGUCGGUCGGGCUGCCGACACGAUGCCGAACACCGACCCUCGGGUGUUCGAGUACCUCGGCAUCUCCGACGAAAUCUACGCGGACGCGGCGCAUGGCAUUUUGGUUAAGAUUAACGCCCCCCACCUGCCUAUUGUGAAAACAUAUUUAGACAUAAUCUCAGAGGACAACAUCAUCGACUUCGACAUGAUGCGGCAGUUGUUGGAAUGGAUCGGCCCAAUACUCGAAGACAUCGUGGCCAACCUGGACUUUCUGCAGGUUCUGUCUCGCCUAGGUAGGAACACGAAUAACAUGUGUUCCUCUUUUUCAAAGAAUGUACCUCAUGGCAAACUCAACAGCAGCUCAACGACCUACAUGUCAGAGGCCCGAGUGGUCUGUGAGCGAGGCUACCUGCCCCGGCACCCUGUACUGACGUGCAACGCAACAGGACACUGGGACAAACCCGCACAGUGCGACCCAGUAACCUGCAGCCCACCUGAGGACCCCCCGCACGGCUCGUACAUGUGCCAGGGUCACGUGUUCUCGAACCGCUGUGACGUCAUCUGUGACGUAGGGUACCUACCGGAAACAGACCACGCCCUGGGCUGCAGCUGGACCGGAAACUGGACCGCCUUCCGCAGGGGAAACACGACAGAGAUGGAAAAUGCCGUGUCAGCAGACGUUAUCAUCCCACAUACUCUGGCUUGUGUCAUCGCUGACUGUGGAAACAUUUCGAUGCCAGCACACGGAGACGUCACCUGUACAGGUACGACGUACGGCGAGACGUGUCAUCUCACCUGUCAGGACGGCUACGAACGGCCGGGACAAGAUAACUUCACCUGCCAGUUUUACCAACUUUGGAGUGGGGAGCCGGAGUGCAUUCCAGUGAGUUGCGGACCCCCUCCUGAGUUCCCUAACACCGCCCUACAGUGCGCCAGCGGACACACCUACGGGAACACCUGCGGAGUUACCUGUGCGGACGGGUACGAAGGAACGAACCACCAGACCGUAGCUUGUCAUAGCAGCGGCAACUGGAGCCUGCAGGAGGGAGUGCUCCAGCCAGUUGUUGGUGGACCAGACCUGUUCUGUCAGAAGAAGGACUGCGGCAACCUUACUAGCCCUGCCAACGGCAGCCUGGCGUGCGGCGGUACCAGGUACCAGGACUCCUGCCGCCUGACGUGUGAGCCCGGGUACAAAGUCGGCAAUGAGCAGGACCUUCAUCUCCACAGUCUACACAGCUUCAGGUGUCUGGCUAGUGGGCGGUGGAGCGACAAGCCCAGAUGCGUCCCUUCCGACUACUGCCGGCUCGGCCUGCACGACUGCGAUCCUGAGCAUGGCAUCUGCGACCUGACGGGCCACCAGACCUUCAGCUGCCGCUGCCGGGUCGGGACGAUCGGGGACGGGAGACGCUGCGAACGGACUUCCUGUCCGCCUUUUCCGGUCGCUGAACCGGAGAACGGUUAUUUCGGGUGUUCUAUCCCAGCAUCCCCUGCAGCUGACUUCUGCCAAUCACCUGACAGCACGGCGGCGGAGUACGAGGUCGUCUGUCUUCUCCAUUGUAACCCUGGUUACGACAGGCUGAUCUAUGCCGAGUACUCCUGUGGACCGGACGGCAACUGGACCAUUCCUUUCGACACAAACACUACAGAGACCACACCGUGUUUAGCUGUGAAGUGCCCGAACAUGUCUAGUCCACCACACGGUAGAAUGACCUGCAACAGUGGCUACAAAUUCCGCUAUCCGGAGACCUGCAACUUUACCUGCGACCGAGGCUACGAGCUCACGAUUCCUGCGAGCAGCCGUGAGAGACAUUGUCAGGCUGAUGCAACCUGGUCUGGAAACGACGCAGAAUGUGUCCCUGUCCGAUGCCCAGUACUGCCCAUUCCCGCCAAUGGGAGAAUAUCCUGUGAUAACGGCUCCUCCUUCCGGUUUCCUGAGAACUGCAGUUUCUCCUGUGACCCAGGCUACGAGCUACACGUGAGCGGCAACAACAGUCGGACCUGCCAAGCCGAUGGUACAUGGUCUGGGAGUGAUGUCACAUGUGUUGCCUGCCCCAGCGGGUACGUAUACCAUCAGAUUAGCCGACUGUGCUACAAGGCCUUCAACCAGGAUAGUGACUACACCAGUGCAGUCGCGGUCUGUUCUUCUGACGGCGGAACCCUUGCCAUGCCCCGCGAUGCCGCCACCAACACCUUCCUCAUCAACCUGAAGAAUGCCGUCGAUAACAGCGCUUUCUUUCGUUUCGGACUGACCGACAUCCACCAGGAAGGACAUUGGGUGUGGGAGGAUGGCACUGCUCUUGGACACUUCAGGUGGUGGUAUCCAGGACAACCUGACAACCAUGAAGGUAACGAGGACUGUGCAGAGUAUUUGCCCGGAAAUCACGAGACAGUUGCCAUCAGGAACAAAUGGAACGAUGGUUCGUGUUCCAACCACUCCUCCAGGAAGUUUGCUUUCAUUUGUCAAGUCGCACCAACUUAA